CCCCGCGCCCCCCGGGCCCCGCGCCGCGCGGCCCCGCCGCGGUCACACGCCGAGCCACCCGCGGCCGCCUCCGCCCUGCGCUUUGUGGAGCCGGAGCCCAGUGACAGGCGGCGGCCUCUUGCUGCCCCGGACCCCGGGCGCUUACCUGUGGCUGCUGGGGUCGGCGAAACGCUUCGUUAAGGGACUCAGGCAGUACGGGAAGAACUUCUUCAGAAUUAGAAAGGAGCUGCUUCCCAAUAAGGAAACAGGGGAGCUGAUCACCUUCUAUUACUAUUGGAAGAAGACCCCCGAAGCAGCCAGCUCCCGAGCCCAUCGUAGGCACCGCAGGCAGGCCGUGUUCAGGAGGAUUAAGACUCGCACUGCGUCCACACCCGUCAACACACCCUCCAGACCCCCGUCCAGUGAAUUCUUGGACCUGAGUUCAGCCAGUGAAGAUGACUUCGACAGUGAGGACAGCGAGCAGGAGCUGAAGGGGUACGCCUGCCGCCACUGCUUCACCACCACUUCCAAAGAUUGGCACCACGGAGGCCGGGAGAACAUCCUGCUUUGCACCGACUGUCGCAUCCACUUCAAGAAAUACGGCGAGCUCCCACCCAUUGAGAAGCCUGUGGACCCACCACCGUUUAUGUUCAAACCCGUCAAGGAAGAGGAUGAUGGGCUCAGUGGGAAGCAUAGCAUGAGGACGCGGCGGAGUCGGGGCUCGAUGUCGACACUACGCAGUGGUCGGAAGAAGCAGCCAGCCAGCCCUGAUGGUCGCACCUCACCCAUCAAUGAAGACAUCCGCUCCAGCGGCCGGAACUCCCCCAGCGCUGCCAGCACCUCCAGCAAUGACAGUAAAGCAGAGACAGUGAAGAAGUCGGCCAAGAAGGUGAAGGAGGAAGCCUCUUCCCCUCUUAAGAGUACCAAACGCCAGCGGGAGAAGGUGGCCUCUGAUACGGAGGAGGCUGACAGGACCAGCUCCAAGAAGACAAAAACGCAGGAGAUCAGCCGGCCCAACUCGCCAUCUGAAGGUGAGGGAGAGAGUUCAGACAGUCGCAGCGUCAACGAUGAGGGUAGCAGUGACCCCAAAGACAUCGACCAGGACAAUCGCAGCACGUCCCCGAGCAUCCCCAGCCCCCAGGACAAUGAGAGUGACUCGGACUCGUCAGCCCAGCAGCAGAUGCUGCAGGCCCAGCCCCCAGCCUUGCAGGCUCCCACUGGGGUCACCCCAGCUCCCUCCUCAGCUCCUCCAGGGACCCCUCAGCUGCCUGCGCCAGGGCCCACGCCCUCUGCCACUGCAGUUCCCCCGCAGGGCUCCCCCACGGCCUCCCAGGCCCCUAACCAGCCACAGGCUCCCACAGCACCUGUUCCGCACACCCACAUCCAACAGGCACCGGCCCUGCACCCCCAGCGGCCGCCCUCGCCGCAUCCCCCGCCACAUCCCUCACCGCACCCCACUCUGCAGCCUCUGACUGGGUCGGCAGGCCAGCCCUCUGCACCCUCUCAUGUCCAGCCCACCUUGCACGGUCAGGGCCCACCUGGCCCUCACAGUCUGCAGACGGGGCCCCUGCUGCAGCACCCAGGCCCCCCACAGCCCUUUGGCCUCCCUCCCCAGGCCUCCCAAGGCCAGGCCCCUCUGGGAGCCUCCCCAGCAGCAGCGCACCCUCACACCUCCCUGCAGCUGCCAGCCUCUCAGUCGGCACUGCAGUCCCAACAGCCUCCACGGGAGCAACCCCUGCCGCCAGCACCCUUGGCCAUGCCCCACAUCAAGCCCCCGCCCACCACUCCCAUCCCCCAGCUGCCGGCGCCACAGGCCCACAAGCACCCUCCCCACCUCUCAGGGCCCUCGCCCUUCUCCAUGAAUGCCAACCUGCCGCCCCCUCCAGCCCUGAAGCCCCUGAGCUCCCUGUCAACACACCAUCCCCCGUCGGCUCACCCCCCACCCCUGCAGCUCAUGCCUCAGAGCCAGCCGUUGCCCUCCUCACCUGCCCAGCCCCCCGGGCUGACCCAGAGCCAGAACCUGCCCCCGCCUCCUGCCUCCCACCCCCCUACAGGCCUCCACCAGGUGGCCCCCCAACCCCCAUUUGCUCAGCACCCCUUUGUCCCUGGAGGCCCUCCUCCCAUCACCCCUCCGACCUGCCCCUCCACCUCGACCCCACCGGCGGGACCUGGCACCUCGGCCCAGCCACCCUGUUCUGCUGCGGUGGCUUCAGGAGGCAGCAUAGCAGGGGGGUCAUCCUGCCCACUCCCCACGGUCCAGAUCAAGGAGGAGGCUCUGGACGACGCUGAGGAGCCUGAGAGCCCCCCUCCCCCACCAAGGAGCCCGUCCCCUGAGCCCACUGUGGUGGACACCCCCAGCCACGCCAGCCAGUCAGCUAGGUUCUACAAACACCUGGACCGGGGCUACAACUCGUGUGCACGGACAGACCUGUACUUCAUGCCUCUGGCCGGGUCCAAGCUGGCCAAGAAGAGGGAGGAGGCCAUUGAGAAGGCCAAGCGCGAGGCUGAGCAGAAAGCCCGAGAGGAGCGAGAGCGGGAGAAGGAAAAGGAGAAGGAGCGGGAGCGGGAGCGAGAGCGGGAGCGCGAGGCAGAGCGGGCAGCUAAGGCAUCUAGCUCAGCGCAUGAAGGUCGUCUCAGUGACCCCCAGCUCAGUGGUCCUGGCCACAUGCGGCCAUCCUUCGAGCCACCACCAACCACCAUUGCUGCCGUGCCCCCCUACAUCGGGCCUGACACACCUGCCCUUCGGACUCUGAGCGAGUACGCCCGGCCCCACGUCAUGUCGCCCACCAACCGCAACCACCCCUUCUACAUGCCCCUUAACCCCACGGACCCCCUGCUGGCCUACCACAUGCCUGGCCUCUACAACGUCGACCCCACCAUCCGCGAGCGGGAGCUCCGGGAGCGGGAGAUCCGAGAGCGGGAGAUCCGGGAGCGAGAGCUGCGGGAGAGGAUGAAGCCGGGCUUCGAGGUGAAGCCCCCAGAGCUGGACCCCCUGCACCCAGCCGCCAACCCCAUGGAGCACUUUGCCCGGCACAGCGCCCUCGCCAUCCCCCCGACGGCCGGGCCCCACCCUUUUGCUUCUUUCCACCCGGGCCUGAACCCCUUGGAGAGGGAGAGACUGGCCCUGGCGGGCCCCCAGCUGCGGCCCGAGAUGAGCUACCCUGACAGACUGGCAGCCGAGCGCAUCCACGCAGAGCGCAUGGCGUCACUGACCAGUGACCCCCUGGCCCGACUGCAGAUGUUCAACGUGACUCCACACCAUCACCAGCACUCACACAUUCACUCCCACCUCCACCUCCACCAGCAGGACCCCCUCCACCAAGGUUCAGCAGGCCCCGUUCACCCGCUGGUCGACCCCCUGACUGCUGGCCCCCACCUGGCUCGCUUCCCCUACCCGCCUGGCACUCUCCCCAACCCUCUGCUUGGACAGCCCCCUCAUGAGCACGAGAUGCUUCGCCAUCCAGUUUUCGGCACCCCCUAUCCCCGAGACCUGCCUGGGGCCAUCCCACCCCCCAUGUCAGCAGCCCACCAGCUGCAGGCCAUGCACGCCCAGUCGGCUGAGCUGCAGAGACUGGCCAUGGAGCAGCAGUGGCUGCAUGGACAUCCCCACAUGCAUGGUGGCCACCUACCAAGUCAGGAAGAUUAUUACAGUCGACUGAAGAAAGAAGGUGACAAGCAGUUAUAAGUUAUUUAUUUGUUAACGCUGGCUGUGGAAACCCCAGUUCUUGGGGGAAGAAACAGGACUUUUUACAUACAAUAGGAGCUGCAAAAGCAAAAAGAAUAUCUUCUAAAGAUUUCUUUAUAUAUUUAAAAACCCACAACUAAAAAUAUAUCCACAUAAUAGUGUUCGUUUGUCGAGAGGAUUUCCCGAGACUGGUUUGGAUCUCCCUGCAUGACAGUCCCCCAGAAACUUAGUGAGUCCUGGACUGGACUGAACAUCCAGAAAGCUUCCCUGCAAUCUUGGGGUUUGGCUUUAGUUUUCUUUUCCUUGAUUUCUCAGUAGGUGCUAGAAUCCAGUUCACACCCUUCACUGUGCGUGCAGACACACUGACACACUCCGCCACGAGUGCUCCAGAGCCCGCGAGGCUUGCAGAUCGGUGGCAUAGGAAUUUGGAAUCCAAGAGCUAUAAUUUUUAAAAAAAUCUUUUAUUUUAAUACAUUGUAGGAAAUCUUCAUAAUUUGAGAAAGUUCUGCAGCAUGGCUUUUUACGUCUGUAAAUAAAUAAUUUUAGAACAGCCUUUUUUUUCUUCCAUAAACUACUAUUGUGAUCUAUUUUUUCCAGCCAUGUCACUAAUUGUGAAUUCCUACCAACUAUUGACAGAAUACAGAGUUGAUUUUUUAAUAAAAAGUUAUAUAUAAUUAUCCCUUUAAUUAAAGGGAGCAAAGGGGCGUUCCACAUGGACAGAGAGGCUUGGGCCGAGGCCUGGUCACAGCAGCGAGCAUCCAGGGUUUGCAGGGACGAUGUUACAGACUCUCUGUUUUGCUGCCUUGCGUUUCACUUGUGUCUGCUCCUAGCCUGUGCUCUGCCAGCAGCGCAGACUUCUGCUCCAUCAGACCUCUUCCAUUUUGCACAGGGAGUGCGGGAGGUGAAUGUUCACUUUCUGUUCUCCGGUGUCACUGUUCUGUUUCCACGAGAUGGAAAGCGCAUGGGCCUGUGUCCGUUGUAGAUUUCCUUCUAGAUUUCUAUGUACACACACUUGAUUGUUGUGGAUGAAUGUCUUUUUUAAUAUUCCAAAAAUUUCAUCAUCUAAGAAAUUCAAGAAAAUGAUUCCAUACAAAUAACUCAGCACACGAGCAACCCAGGGCGUAUGCCUGCCAAAGGGAUCUACUAGAAGGCUGCCCUCUCAUGCUCAUUGUCAUUUGGAUGUUGUGAUGAGGACGGCCUCGUCAUUCUUGCCGCAGACUGAGGCCACUUUUGAGCCAGGGAGAUCCUGGAGUUAAGACAGGUAUUGGGGGCAGUCUGUAUUUUACCCUAGGAGCAGGUCUGUUUGUGACCUCACCCCGCACUGGUAAACCAUUUGAGUCCCACUCUUCAUCCUGGAAGUGGGAACUGGAGUCCCACCCACAAAUGUGUAGUCAGAAAGCCGGCUUUGUGGGGGCCGCUUCUUAGGAGGCCAGGCCCUUCUGAGCAGAACAGUCCUGGAGAGAGCCCGCCCUCCUUUCCAGGGUGCAGCCGUAAUGCACUUUCUCCCAGGCUGAGUGCAGGCUCUUCGGGGUUGUCUCCCCUCUGUCAGCCCUGCUUCCUGCCAGGACAUGUCCUCUUCCGAUCUUUUUCUCUCAGACACUUGACAGCUCUUCUGCCAUUUGUGCUGGUCCCAUCCCAAGAAUUGUAGGACAAAAAGAGACCACACUGGGUCAGAGGACACAAAGGCCACCUAGGACCCAGGCUGCAGAGGGAGCAGGAAGAGAGGCUGAUAGUUUGAUCCAGAAACGAGCAGAUACUAGCUCAGAUUCAGGUUCUGGAGUCAAGUAGGGGCAUUUCCAGUUUCUUUUAAAAACCAUGUUUGGUUUCAGUUGGGAUAGGAUUGUUUUGUCUGUUGAAAAUGUUUCUAGGUUUUUUUUUUUCCUUCCAUUUUUCUCUCAUUCCAUUUCUGCCUUAACUUUAGUUUCUUCGCGGGGAGGAAAGCUCACACCUUCUGUCCUGGGACUUCAGACCACAUUGGCUUGGAGGCUCGUCUCCUCCUGGGGUGGGGACAGGCUCUCGCGGCGGGCUUGUUCCCAUGGCUCUGAGUGAGGCCACUUCCUGCUGGACUGCCAGACUCCUGCAUCCAGGCCCCCACCUUCUCGGCUUUUGGGUUUUCUGUCUGUCUUUUUGGUAGAACACAACAUCUACCGUUCAGUGAAACCUUCUUUAUCUCCUCCUCUGUCAUCCGUUUUUCCAAAGAAUGAAGAGUCGAGUCCUCUGAGGUCUGUGCUUGAAAACUGUCUGAAGGUGUUCUCGUUAGGUUUGCUUUUCUCCCCGUAUCCCAAGGCGAAGCACUGAGAUUCUUCCAUCUAAAAACCCUCGACCUGAAACCCUCACCUGGUCAGCUACAGUUUGUUUAGGAGGCCCUGACCUUCACAGUGUCUUUGAAGCCCAACCACUUGGUUUCCUUCAGAUUUUCCUCCCUUUGUUCGGGGUUUGAUUUGGCUCCUCUGUGUGUGUCCGUAUCUUGUUCAGUGUCCACGAGGUUGAGCUUCACUCCACUGCGGCAGAGGCAGAGUGCACACUCGGAUUUGCUACGUUUCUAUAUAUCUUGAAGCUAAAUGUAUAUAUGAGUAGUUCGCCGUGAGAUAACACAGUGUGAACAGUAGACACCCAGAAAUCGUGACUUCUGUGUUCUCUCCAUUUGAGUAUUUUGUAAUUUUUUUGAAAUAUUUGUGGACAUAAAUAAAACCAAGCUACACUACAA